AUGUCGAGGGUCAGGCAGAAAAUAGCCACAUUCAACCAGGAAAAUGAAAGGAAAGGCGAAAUCCCUGAUAGGCACAGGAACGAUACAAAUGUGACAAAAUUUUCUCACGUAAAAUGGAAUGAGGAUGCCUACUUAAAAUCGGAGGGAAGGGACAAAUUAUGUACCUUGAAAGACUUAAACCUCAAUGGAGAUUAUUUAAUUAAAGGGAAAAGGAAAAUGAAGAAAGCAGAUUCUGCUAUAAAAAAUAACCAACUAAUCUUGCAAAACAAGUAUGACUAUUUUUUAAAAAAAAAAAACGACACUUUUGCUAUCCAGAAUGGGAACAACAUGAGCUACAACAUGGAAAACAUAGAAGACAUUUACUACGUGUACAGGGAAAAUUCAGAUAUCUGCGACUUGAUCAUUAAGAGAUACCAUGAAAAUAUUUAUUUGAGCAUAUUUAACAACAUGCUGAUUAUUAUAAACCCCCACGAGUGCGUGCACGCCUUUUACAAAUUGGUGUUCAAAAGGAGGAAUAGAAAUAAUUAUAUAUUUAGUUCGUUCAUUAAUUAUGCCUUACAGAAGAAGGUGGGCAAAGGUGAGUCCGAAUUUGAAUCGCAGGAAAAUUCAGAUGAUGCUUCUGAUGACAAUUCCGGGGAAGAUGACAAAAAUGUGUUUAGCUACUUGUGGCAAAAAAAAAUGUUUCUGGGCAGAAGGAGCAUCUUCCAUUUUGACAAGUUCAAGAAGAGGAAAAAAAACUUAACGGAAUUGAAAAAAGAAUUAUAUGUCAAAAGCAACGAUGAAAUAGCGCACGUGCACAAAGAUAUUUUGGGCAAUUCUAGAAUAGAUUUUAACGAACUGUUCAACAUUAGGACCGACCCACGGGGCGCUUCUAUGGACGGUUAUGGUAGUGACUCCCUCAGCGGUUCUGCCGGGGGCACUCUCAGCGGAACGGUAAACGGAACUACAAAUGAUAUUGCCAAUGAUUCUGUUAGCGGUACUGGUAAUGGCUCCUUUGGGGGGCACACAAGCGAUGGCCUAGACCCGGGCAGUGCUGCUGCUUCCAACUCGGGAAAAAGCUGCGUACACAGCAGGAGCGGCUACCAACCAGGAAGUAUGUCCAAAAGGUCCACCAACCCCAGCAGAUAUAAAAACCUGGUUCAUUCCAAGGAUCCACACGUCAACACGUCAUAUCACGGGAACAAAUUAAUCUUCAUAUGUGGAGAAAAGAACAGCAACCAGAAUGUAGUAAGUACUUACUUAUUCAAGCAUGUAAUAAAGAAGGGAAAAAACAAAGCAUUAUAUCAUGCGUACAAAAAUGUUAUGAAUGUGCUUAACUUAUUUUUUAAUUACAAAUGCUACAACUUUAUCAUACAUCUCAGCAGCAAGAACAGGCUGCUAUAUUUCAAUGUCCUUCCGUGUUUUUUAACUGACAAAAGCAAUGUGACAAAUAUUUGCACCAAAAUAGGGAACUUCUUGGAAAGCCUAAAUUGGGCAGAUAAGCAGGACAAAAAGGGGGAAGCUAAAAGUAGCCACGCACAUGUUCGGGAGGAUCACCACAAAAUGGAUCACUCCGAAUGUAGCGGCGAUGGGGGAAGCAAAUCGGGCCGAGGGGAACAAGAGACAUCCAACAAAUAUGAGCACAGGAAGAAAAAAAAAAAAAAGAAAAAAAAAAAGGCACAAAGAGGGGGAGAAUUACAUGCAAAUUCGAAUAGCGACUCGGAUAGUACCAUUGCAGAUAGAACAAAGGAGAAGGAACAGCGACGGUCAAAAGGAAGAGGAAGCCAAGACGAAAUAUUUAACGUACCCUACAUAUUCUUUUUCCUUCUCGGAAGCAUCCUGCUGGAUAGCUCGAAUAAAUACUACAAGCACUUAAAAUUGCACCCACUUGAUAUAAGAAAAAUUUAUAAGAAUUAUGUAGACCCCCCUGCCGACAUAGAGAUAAAGGAAUCCGACAUAAGCAGGACGUUUGAUUAUUUCCUAGAACUAGGUUUCACAGAAGGAGAGAUCCUUUCAAUGAUUAAGUUAAACUUUGCACUCAUUUUUAUCAAUAUAUAUAUCUCUAUAAGGACAUGUUUGCACAAAAAUGAGGAAGAAACAUUAAACUUCCUGCAGCUGCAGCUGAUUAAUGUGCAGGACUAUAAAAAAUUAGUAACGUCAAACGCGAUAGACAGAGAGGGGACGAAAGCCUCACCGGAUUAUUCAAAACAGAGUUCUUUAAAUUUUUUAAAUUUUACAAAUGAGAAAUAUCUGAGCAGCGAUUUUAGCUCCUUUACGGAUGAAGAAAAAAGCAUAAAUUGCAUUAGGCAAGUUUUGCAGAAUGGGCAUUCUGAAGAAAAGGCAACCAGAGUGCGCAGACUCAAAAAUGGGAACAUGUACAACCGGUUGGAUCAGAAUUUGGAUAUACAUCUCAGCAAUGGAAGCCAUCUAAGAAUCGUUAAGGACGACACUGCAGCAAAAAGUGGGGAAAAAAAAAACGAUGAAUCCAAUAAGCAGGUGAAUAACAUGUACACAAAUACGACGAGCAGAAGUGGAAGGAGAAAAGGAUCUAAUUAUUUCAUAGUCUUCGCAGGACAUAUAAUGGAAGAAUACAUUUCUUUCCUACUAGGUGUAGAUUUAAAGGGGAUGAUCAAAAUUUUAAAUAAUCAGAUAAGGCUCAAAAAUUUAUGUUCCACUAUUUUUUUCAGAUUAAAAAUUAGGAUAAUAAAACAAAUUAAUGAGUACCUUAGAACUUACUUCCUUAAAGGUACCGUUGCUCACUCCUUGUAUGUGUAUAGCAAUAGUGGCCUCAGUGCAAACAUCUCGGAAGGAAACAAAAAUGCAAGUGGACAAAAAAAAUACAACAAUUUAUCCCAACUUAUUAACAACAUAUAUAACGAAAUACUGCACCAUUAUUAUUUGAAAAUGUCUACCUUCAACAUGGAUAGCUAUCUCGUACAUACAAUAAAAGCAUUAAACCUUUCGAGGGAAGAAAACUAUAACCCGGACUCCGCUAUAGGAAGCACUGUGGAGCAGUACAGACGACUCAGUGAUCACAUCUGUAGAGGUAGUAUAAUCAGUUCGUACGUUUCCCAAUUUGGAAAAGAUCCCAUCUUACAUUUGCUAGAAAAAUAUACAUACAAGUUUUUACACACCGUGGAAAAUUGCCAAGAGGUAAAGGGCAUAAGAUCAUCCGUUGUCCUAAAAGCGGAAUAUUACAAAAUGAUGUAUCUAUACUGUGUAGAAGUUUCACGUGUAGUGAAGCGCCUUACUGAGGGGGUUCAUUCCAGAAUGAUUUGUGAUCAAGGGGAUAGCGCCAAUAGUAGUGAUAGCCUCGAAUGUAGUGGCAGGCGCGAUCGUGGUGACCCCCCCGUGGGCACCAUCCAUUACAAGAAGGAUGAACGGAGAAAGGGUGAAAUAAAAUUGGCUGACGAGGAGUAUGCAGAAAAAAUGCUACUAAAGCUUAUGGAUAAGAUCGCCAAAGGUGAUAAAAAGGAGUGCCAUGUACGUGGAGGCAAUCUACCAGGAAGGAGAAAAAAAAUUUUUUCCAUAGUGCACUACAACGACGAAACGGUUACGUACCGAUGCAACAACAUGAUUCUGGAUAAUGCGGAAGAUUUUUGUGUAAUAAAUGACACUAUACAAAUUAUAGAGAAGAGUAAAAUGGAAUUUUUAAGAAAAUUAUUUUUCGAAAAUUCGUUCCCGCUAAAGAAUUUUAAGAGCAACUUUUUAUACGACGAAAUUUGCUUUUUCUCCAGUGUUAUAAAAAAUACAUACGAGAAAUUCUUCGUGCUCCUUUUAAAUGAGAGGGAAAGAACAAGACAAGAUACAUUCCUGGUGCCUAAGUACAUGACCAAAUAUGCCAGGGGCAAUGGCAGAGGUUUAAAUGCAUAUUAUGGCGGGAGAAGAUCUCACAGCAGCAGUAAUAGUCGUAGCGGUAGUAGUGAACACCGAAGUAAUAUUUUCAGGGAGGAUGUAUUUUUCCCCCCCUCUGCAAAUAGGCCAUUUUUUAGUGGCAUGACAGGAACAAGCAGAAAAUUUUUUCUCAAUUCUGCUACCACGUCAGGGGAAGAAAUCACCGACUUUUCUGAACUGAAUAAAAAAAUAAACAAGGAACAUAUCAAAUCUGUUAUAGACAUGCUAAAUUUGAAACAAAUUUUUAACUACCAGUUGAAGUAUCUGUAUCAUAGUUUGACCUGCCUAGAUUUUAUUAAGAAGUAUUUGCUCUUCUGCAUCCAUGUCAGCAGGGAUGGGGACUUAAUUAAGCUCGUCAAUUAUUACGAGCUUAGGUGCAAGAAGAAGAGGGAGAACAACAGCUGUGUCAGAGGUGCGGGGACGGCUGAACAGGGGGAAAAACACGAACACAUGGAAACUCAUACUAAUGUGCGUGAGACCGAUCGGGAAGGUGCAAAUGGGGAUGGAAGUGUUAAAGAAAGUGCUAAUGGAAAUGACGCAUCUAGCGUGGAUGAGAAUGUUGCUACUAAUCCAAGGGGAAACCUCCCUCCCAAUGCAAGUGGAAGCGUCUCUUCCAACCGAAGUGGGAAUGACGUCCACAGCUCAAGUGGAAGCAUUAAGGGAAACCUGAUCGGAGGACGGACUUCGAUCGACCAAGGGAGUAGCCUACAAAGUCAUGUAACCAAGAAGAAGGAAACCCCAAAGAACGCAGAAAGUUUUUACUACUUAAACUGCCUAAACCUUCAGGAUAAAAAAGAUUUGUGCACAAUAAUUUUGUACAACUUUAACAUAUCAAAAAACACGUUUUAUUUCCGUGAUUUUAUUUUCCUAAGUAAAUAUGUUUACUUUAUUUUAGAAAAUUUGAGAGCCAAGUAUGUAAAAUCGAUAGUGCCUUACGUGCGGAAAAUUGAGAAUUGCUACUUGUCGUACAAAAAUAGGAAAAUAAAAUUCUUCCUUAGAGACAAAAUUGUUAUCAUUCAAAACUACAUGAGGAGGUUCCUAUUUCUCGAAAGGGCAAAAACAAUGGAGAGAAGAAAAAACUUAUUGGUAUCAUUUAUACUAUUCUAUAGUUACAUUGUAAAAAAUAAAAACUUUGACGAAACGAAGGAGACGUUGGAGUUGUGCAAAGAAAACUUCAUGAAGAAUGAGAAGAAGCUAAUUCGACAUGCAGCCAGUGUGUAUAUACAAUCCUGGUAUAGAAAAAUAAUACAGCAAAGAAAAUAUAGAGAGUUAAAAAGGGAACAGUUUCAAAAAAAGGCCAUAGAAAAUAUUAACAGCGCCAUUAGAACAUAUCUCGUUCAGGUAAAAAUUGUACAAAAUUUAAAUGAAAUAGUUAUCCCUAACAAAGCUGCCGUUUUAAUUCAAUCCUACUUUAGAAGAUAUAUGUGUCUUACAAAUUUCCAGAAAAAACUAUUUUUAAAAAUUUGCUUCUUAUCUAUUAAGAGAAAGUACCUGUCUUACUCUAACGUCCUCACAAAGGUCAAUUACCAUUACUUGAUAAAAAAUAUAUACAGUAGAAAUAUCAUUCAGAGUCAGUUUAAAAUUCCAGAGGCGGCCAUUAAAAUUCAGAGUAACUACAAGGGGUAUGUAGUGAGGAAGCAGUUCAACAUGCUGAUGGAAGCCAUAUACUUCACACAGGCUUACAUAAACACAUGCAUAGAAAGAAUCAGAUAUAAUAAAAUGAAGAAAAGUAUUAUUCUAAUUCAAAGGUGGUGGAAAAAUUUUUAUAAAUUAAGAAGAAUUUUCUCACAAGCGCAGUUUAACAUGUACAGCAGUGAGUAUGACAAGAACAAGUAUUACUUUUUACAAAAAAAUAAUUUCCCAUUUUACAAGUAUUAUAUCUUGAAGGAAAAAAAAGCUCUGAAACUUUUGACCUAUCACAUUUUACUAAAACAGUGGUACUUUUUUUACUUUAAGAAAUUUCAAAAGAAAAAUCACCAGUUUAAUAUUGUGUUUAAUUUAAAAAUGCAUAAAAACGUCUCCCGUUAUUAUACUCUCCCGUGGGCAUACAAAAUUAACAGCAUUUUAAAAAUAAUUCACAUGGAACAAAUGUUCCAGAACUGCACUAAUAAUAGUCAGAAUACCAUUUUUAACAUUCCCGUUUUUGGGUCCAUACAAAUAUUCGUUGGGGGAACCCAUACCAUUCUGUUAAUCAGCCAAAGUGUUAUCAACGAGACUGUUGGUGAUGGUCAAGACGGGUUCACGACCACCGUGCGGAAGAGUAACACAUACGGGAAUCGCAAAAACUACUACGCCAAGUUUGUGUACAGCUUGGGUUCGAAUGACUACGGACAGCUCGGCUAUUACAAUUUGUUCGAGAAAAAUUUUAUCUACCACACGAGCGGCGCAGCAGGGGAGUCCCCUUGUGCAGCGGAAGGUAUACAGAAUAGUGUGGCGGGCAGCACAAUGGGUGACCUAGCAAAGACGCUUGUGAACGGUCAGGAGGAGCUCCUCCCCCCAGCGUGUUCGAAGCAAAUUCAGCCAGAAGGUAAAAACCGAGAAAGCAGCAAGGAUGUUAUGAACUUUUCAGAUAAUAGUCGAAGAAGAUGUAGCUCCACCUGCGAUACCACCAAAAGGGAAAGCACCUUCAGCAGUGUUGGACCCCCUCCAGAAGAAAACAAAACCACCGCUUCUGUCGUAGGAGGAAAUUCGAGACCUAACCCAAGCGGAAAAGGCAGCGCUUCACCCCACCUAAAGGAGAAAAACUACACAGAACACAGUCUAUGCAGCAAGUAUAAGAAAAAUAUCCAACAUUUAAUUUUCGAGCAUAAGCGUAAAUUCACAAUUGAUAAAAAACUUUUUUCGAACACCCAUGGGGGGGAGUCCAUGCAGGACAUUGUAGAUUACCAAAUAAUAGAUAAAAAAAAUGCUAAGGGGGAAAAUGAAAAAAUCGUGGAAUUCACCAAAGUGGUAAGUGAAACAAAUAAAAUUGCAAGCAUCAGUUGUGGAUCUGAACAUACAUUAGCUCUAUCAGAAAAUGGAAAUGUAUACUCCUGGGGAAGUAACCUAUUUGGACAGUGUGGGCAAAAAUAUGAAAGAAGUAUAGUAAGAUAUCCUAAAAUAAUAAAACAUUUUUUAAAGAACAAAAUUAAGAUUAAGAAUAUUAGUUGUGCAUCCUAUCAUAGUGGGUACAUUUGUAGAAAGGGUGAUCUCUACAUGAGUGGCAAUUUCUUUUUUAUCAACUUGAAAUAUUUUCAAGAAAAUGUGUACCAACCCGUGUUCCUAAUAUCUGGGUGUCAUUCAAUUCUUUGUAAUGACAGCUACAAUGUGUGCCUGCGGAGCGAUAGAAGUUCCUUAUACAUUUGGGGGAACAAUUACAAAUGCAUCUUAGGGUUAAAUAAAAAGAAGUUAAGAAACCUCGAUGAAAUAUCCAUCUACCCGUUGACUUUCCUUUCGCCAAACAUUAGCGUUAUCAAAAUUGCAUGUUCGGAUAAUUUUGUCUGUCUCAUUGCAAAGCCUGGGAACACUAAACAUUCAGUGUACAUGUGGGGACAAUUUGCGCUUAUCGAAAAGAGCGAACAGAAAUCUUCCCCCGUAGUCAGUAACACAUUUAACGUUUUUAACAAAUUCAGAAUUAAACCUAAGGUGAACAAUUUGCAAAGCCCAGAUCCGGGGAGUGAAAAUAAAGGUGGUGACGCCGCCGUUACACGAGGGAAAAUAAUAUUCAUUGCGAACCCAUCCCCCGUUCAUGACCCUUUGUGGGAUGCUGUGGAAGCGAUUGACGUCUGUUGUGACUUGGACGAAAUUCUGGUCCUAAUGAACAACCUCUGCUUGUACGGAUUCAGCGCAGUUGAAAUUAUCAGCAGUGAUGAUAAAAAAGAGAAAAAGAAGGAAACGAAUUUAUCUUACUCCUACUACGGAAGAAGAGAGAUGGAGCAAAAAAAGGAAAAAAAAAUCAUCUACGAAGAACCAGAAAUAUACGAUAAUAUAAAACUUUUAACCCCAUCCCUAUACAUGUUUAAAUAUUUCAAGCCGUCCUACUUCAACAUAAAGAAAAUUACUUGCAGUUACAAUAGGAACAGCUUAUCAAUUAUGAAUGCAGCAAUGGGCGAAUACGAAAUUCCCACUGUUGUCAAAAAGAUGGAAUUCGUCACCCCCUCGGGUGAUGUAAUGCAAUUCCCGGAAAAAAUACGAGAGGCCAUAUUAGCCAAAGCGAAAAGGGAGUCCAACAAAUGGAUUAAGUCAAACGAUGAUCCCUACAUAAACCAUUUCCUAAUAAAAAAUUCAAGCGACUCGGACAGUGUUAAUUGA